CGAGAAUUUCGACCCGCGUGGCGUUCGUCCGUCAGAUUGGAUUUCACCAUGCAGCGCCCAAGCAUGCUCAUGACACUGACGUACAGCCGCCUCCACGACCACCCGAGCCUCCCGAGCCCGAUGAGCGUCAUGGAGUGCGUCGCCUCCCCGCGCCUCCUCCCUGCCUUUGACGUCGUCUUUCGGAACCACACAGCAUCCUCGCCCCGCGUGAGCUCACCGCGACUGCCACCUCUUCGCGAAACCCUGCUGACGCCAACGCACUCGCCGUACACCAAGCCCGUCAAGCGCAAUGACGUAGGCAUCAAGCUCUGCUCCGUUCACGGUUGCGCCAAGCGGGCCAAGGCCGGCGGCGUCUGUAUUGCCCAUGGUGGUGGCAUCCGCUGCGCCAAAGACGGGUGCGCAAAGCACGCGGUCAGCAUGGGCCACUGCAUUAGUCACGGCGGCGGGAAACGCUGCACGGUGCUUGGCUGCCACAACGCGUCGCGCAAGUACGGCGUCUGCUGGAGCCACGGCGGGAAGCGUAUGUGCCUCAAGCAAGGGUGCACAAAAGGCCCCAAGACGGGCGGCUACUGCUGGGCCCACGGCGGCAAGGCCAAAAAGUAGAACGCUCGCACUCGUCGUAGUAUAGGUAUUACAUCGUUGUAGGAGACCGGGCGAUCGCAGUCCGCUGUCGGUACAUAAUUUAUUCAAUAUUACUAUUAGGCCAUCGAUUAUUCCA